AUGCUUUCAAUAUAGGGAUGCUUUGAGAAGUGGGUUGAAUUGCACUUGCAAAUCAAGGAUAGGAUAUUGCUCGUUGGCUUAAUGAGACAAGAAUGGAUGAAGAGUGGAAAACGCUUCAGGUAGGGUUAAAUUGGUCAUAUCAGCAUUGAAUAUUAAUAAAUGAUAAUUAUUUUUAAUUACCUAAUCUCAAUCGUGCUAUGUGAAUUUCAAAAUGGGUAUUAUAUAGAGUAGAAUGAGACAAUAAAAAUAUUUCACGGACUCAAUCUUAAUGAUUAUCCUUUAACAAAAAUAAGCGACGAUGAUUUAAUUGCACUUUCAAAAAUUGGAUUCAAUCUUCUAAGAAUUUCUGUUUUCUUUGAUCAACUAAUCCCUUUUAAGCCUACAUCUCAAAACAACGUAACCUACAAUUCUACAUAUUUAACUGAUUUGGAACACAUUGUUUAAUAAGCGAAGAAAAAUAAUUUUUCUGUUAUUUUGGUUGCAGAUCAAGUAUUGCUGAGCAAGCAAUUCUGUGGAUAUGGGUUUCCAGAUUGGGCAAUUCAAAGGACAAACUUUCCAGUUCCUUAUGAUAAUAAUGGGAAAAUAAAAUUUGAUCUGUAUCCCAACAAAGAUCAAUGCUCAACGAAUUUUGAUUCCUUCCUUAAAACUGACGAUGUCGGCAGCAAUUUUGAAAAUCUCUACAAGAACACGAACAACUUAACUGAAUACUUCGGAUUAUUUUGGUAAAAGAUAGCUGAAAAGAUGAAGAAUGAAGAGAAUGUCCUUGGGUAUGACCUUCUGAACAACCCACAAUGCGGUAAUUAUUAUAAGACUUACUAUUAAUGCAUUUGGCCAGGAUGGAACAAUAGACAAUUGAUAAUGCCAUUCUAUUAGAAGGUGAGUUCAUACAUAAGGGAAGUGGAGAAGUCGAAAAUUGUAUUCUAUUAGACACAAGACACAGAUUUUAUAGGAUCAGGAUUCGAUGACAAUGUAAAUGGAAAUGAAUAUCGCAAGAGGGAAGCCUACAGUUAUAGAAUCACCUACAAAUCGAAUUACUUCAAGGAACUAGCAACCAAUUUGAAUUAUUAUUCAAUGUGGUUUGAAAUUCAUGUCGGCAAACAUGCCUAAGUUCCAACAUUCUUGUCUGAAUUCAGUGGCACUGAUGAAUAUCUUUUAACCCGAUUACUCAAUUAUGCAGAUUAUUUCCAAUCCUCUUGGACAUACAAGGGAAGCAUAUAACAAGCACUGAAGUUGGAUGCAUUAAAAAGACCGUAUGCUUAAUCCAUUUGUGCUGAAUAAGUUUUCCAUCAUCAAUACGAUUCAAUCAAUCAAGUAUUCAAAUUGCAAUUCAAAUUCAAAAGUAACUGCUCCACACUUUUGUUUCUGCCUUACGAUUACGGAUAUUCAUGUAGCAAUUGCAUUUUGAGAUAGUACGACAAACGAAUCUUCGAGAUCAAACUGACAAUUAGUACAUAGCAACAACAGUAGGUGAAUAUAAUCAUAUGGAGGAAAAAAGUGUGA